AUGAAAGCAAAUAUUGCAGGCUACAUUACGACGGCGAAAGCGGUGGCAUCAGCAGCAGCGAGAUUCGGGAACCGCCUGAGGGAUACAGAUACGUCUUACAGAAGAUACAAACAGACAGGGGUGAGAAAUAUGUACCAUUCGCGGUUCCCCUUAGUACAGCCCAUACCCGGUUAUCGUAAAACUAUUCAACCCCCCGAAACCUCCUCAGAACCUUCACUUGAGGUUAUGAGGUAUCUGUAUCCCGAUUAUGAUCCUUCAGAUCCCUCUGCUCCCGUAACACCACGAAACCCGAAGAUUCCCUUUAAACCUUUAGUCUUCUUGAAUGAAGACCAUAAGAAGUUCAUGUUAGAUUUGCAAGCAGAUUGCAUCAAGAAACAAGCCGAACGAGAAGCCGAAGACAAGCGCCGCAAAGAGAAGUCUUUGGAUGAUUUAAUAAACCGUAAUCUUGCCAAGCUAUUUCCUGCUUCUUCCGGUACCAAAGCUGACCAGAACCUUGGUGACUCAAGUUCAACCAUAGUGUAA